CGCACAUGCGCAGUACGUGUAGUCGGUAAGCGAAACUCGGAAGUUCUUUUAAGCCUUUAAAGCGGGGUGUCCGGUGUUAGGAGGACAUAUUUUACCCAAAAUGAUCAGUAAAGUGAUCGGUCAGAAGUAUACCUCCAUUGCCAAAUCAUGGAUCCCGACUCUGGCAGUGUGGGGCACAGCUGGAGGUGUAGCUCUGGUCCACUUCACAGACUGGCGAUUGAUUUUGGAUUAUGUCCCUUACAUCAAUGGCAAAUUCAAGAAGGACGAGUAGUGGCGCUCAGGUCGGUGCCGUUUCUUUACACAAAGACUUAAGUAAUGAUCAAGAGCUGCUCCAGCUGUGACCUUGCAAUGUUGUCCACCUGCAUGCCAGGCCAGGAAGCCUGUCACCUUCACCCUGCAGCUCAGCGAAUAUUGAACUGUUCACCACCAACAUCCGUCUGAAAUGCACCAGGGUUUGGCAUUUCAACUUUCCUCCGCCAGUGAAAACGCGAAUGGAAGGAAAAUGAAAACAGAGAAGGAUAAAUGGACUUUUGUUUUCUUUUCCUUCUUAGCCUGGGAUGAGGUAUUUAUUUUACUCAUCAGUCCUCACUGUGCCGUGGAUAGAACAUGAUUCACAAAAUAAAAAUCUGUCCUUCAUGUCAUGCUGUAAUUGUUCUGUUGAGAAGUAAAGUAUGUGAGAAUUAUCCUA